AUGUCCUUCAGUACGCGUCCCGUUGACAGGGAUAAGGCUGAGACUGAGCUCCUGCUUCACAUCAAAAAGGCCACAAGUCCUGAGGAAACUGCCCCCAAGCAGAAGCACGUUCGAGCCUGCAUCGUUUAUACCUGGGAUUAUCGCUCCUCGGCCUCAGUCUGGCAUGGAUUCCGCACACAGCCCAUGCUGGGCGACGAGGUGCAGACCUUCAAGGCUCUGAUUUCGGUUCACAAGAUUAUUCGUGAUGGACAUCCAACUGCCUUGAAGGACGCUCAAAAGGAAACAGACUGGCUGGACCAGUGCGCCCGCUCCACUUCUCAGUACGAUGGCCGAGGUUACAGCACUUUGAUCCGCAACUAUGUCGACUUCUUGCACUCAAAGCUGCGUUACCACAACAAUCAUCCUGAGUUCAACGGCACGUUUGACUACAAGGAAUACAUCUCGUUGAAGGGUAUUGACGACCCUAACGAAGGAUACGAGACGAUUACGGAUCUAAUGAACUUGCAGGAUCAAAUUGAUCAGUUCCAGAAACUUGUCUUCGCCAACUUUCGCCCUUCUUCCAACAACGAGUGCAGGAUCGCAGCUCUGGUCCCCUUGGUCGAGGAGAGCUAUGCCAUCUAUAAGUUUGCCACCAGCAUGUUGCGCGCCAUGCACAAGCGCACCAACGACCCAGAAGGAUUAAUUCUUUUGAGACAGCGCUACAAUGCACAGCACUACGCCUUGAUUAAGUUCUACUAUGAGUGCUCCAAUUUGAAGUACCUGACCAGUCUGAUCAGCGUGCCCAAGUUGCCUCAGGACCCACCAAAUCUGCUCGGCUCAGACUCUCCUCCACUCACUCCUCAACGGAAGAUUGUCAAGGAUACGCCUCCUCAGACCCCUGAGCCGGACUGGGCGGCUCAGCAGCGGGAGAUUGCCAAGAAACAGCGCGAGUACGAGCUGGAGCAGAACCGUCUUCAGCAGCAGCGUGAGAUGGAGCAGCAGCAACAGCAGAUGGAAGCCCUUCGUCUUCAGCAGAAUUUUGAGGAACAGCAGCACUUGCAGAUGGAGCGCGAGCGUCAGCAGAGAGAGCAGUUGGCUCGUGAGCAGAUGCAGCGUCAGGCUGAGGGACGUCUUGCAGAACUGGAGCGGGACGUCCUGGCCCUCCGUGGACAGUACGAGCGCGACCAGAUGCUGAUUGACCAGUAUGAUCGAAGAGUCAAGGGACUGGAGCAGGAGAACCAGCUGAUCAACAUGAAUGCUCAGCAACAACUCGCAUCCAAGGACGCCAUGAUCCAGAGCAUCCAGGAGCAAAUCAACAUCUGGAAGUCCAAGUAUGAGGCACUUGCCAAGUUGUAUUCCCACCUUCGUCAGGAGCAUCUCGACCUCUUGACCAAGUUCAAGACUGUACAACUCAAGGCCAACUCUGCUCAGGAAGCUGUCGACAAGAUGGAAAAGAUGCAGAAGGAGAUCAAGGACAAGAAUCUGCAGAUGGCCGACAUGGUUCGUGAGCGCGACCGUGCCAAGAACGAGCUGUUGAGGUGGCAGAACACUCAGAACGACGAGAUUGCGAGACUGAAGAGGGAUCUCGAGAUGGCCAACGGCCGUGUUGAGGACCUUGGACGCUCCAAGAGCUCUGAAGUUGGAGCCAUGGUCGCCAAGUUCAACAGGGAGAAGCAGGACCUGGAGGAUUUAGCCAACCGCCGUCAACGCGAGAUUGAUUCGCUGAUUCGCCAGGUGGAGGACCAAAAGGCCGAAAUUGAGCGCAUGCAAAUCGAAAACGAGGAAGAAAAGGCCGUGCUCGAGAGCGGUCUUGAUGAGACUUUGCUGGAGCUGGCGACCUUGAGGGAUGGUCAGAAUGAGCAGUCCUCAGUCCUCCAAGGACGCCUGGACACUAUGAUAAAUGCUCACAAGCGCAAGCUGCAGGAGAUUCUGGAUUCUAUCUUGGAGACAUGCUACAACAAGGUGGAGGAGAGCAUCUACAACCUGGAGACGCCCACUCAGCCUGGCAACCAGCACGCGACCCCUGAGUUUACGCUUUCGAUCAUCGAAAAGGCGCAGACAGCUUCUACAGAGUUCGAGCUGACGUUGAUGCAGUAUCUCCGUACAUCGUCCUCAAACGACGUGAACCAGAUCGAGGCCAUCCGCUCUGCUCUCCAUCUGUCCCAGGCCUUGGGAGAUGUUACGGAUAACGCCAAGGGCAUCACGCGCCUUGCCAAGAAAGACGAGGAUGCGGAAGACAUUGUCAAGCAGGCAAAGGAAGCAGCACAGGCAACACAGCAGUUCUUCAAGAACGUGAUGUCGUCCCAUCUGGGCGGUCUCUCUCCCGAGGGAAGCAUCAGGACCAUCACGCGCUCGAACGAGGAUGUGCAGUCGAUUCUGGAACGUCUGGCCAAGGCUGCUGAGAACUUGAUCCCGAAGAACAACCAGCUUGGUCCCUCGAAAUUGGAUCUCGGUGAUAUGGUCGAGGUGGAGAUGGGUAACGCCGCUAGGACAAUUGAAGAGGCAACGGCACGUCUGCAGGCUUUGAUUGCCAAGCCCAAGAACGAUGGACUGUCGGCGGUCGAACUCCAGGUCAACGCCUCGAUUCUGGAGAGUGCUAUGGCGAUGAUGCGGGCAAUUGGUCAUUUGAUCAAAUGCGCUACGAUCUCGCAGCAGGAGGUCGUUGCACAGGGCAGAGGAACGUCGACGAACGCAGCCUUCUACAAGAAGAACAAUCGCUGGACCGAGGGAUUGAUCUCGGCGGCCAAGGCUGUGGCGAUGGCAACAACACUGUUGGUCGAGACUGCGGAUGGUGUGAUCUCAAAGACACAUUCAAUGGAGCAGCUGUUGGUGGCCUCGAACGAGGUCGCGGCUGCGACGGCUCAGUUGGUUGCAGCCUCGCGUGUCAAGGCCAACUUUAUGUCGAAGGCCCAGGACAACCUGGAGAGAGCGUCCAGGGAUGUGACAGAGGCAUCGAGGGCGCUGGUGCGUGCGGUCAAGGCGAUCAUGGAGAGAGAGAUGAAGCAGCGCGAGGCCGAGGUGGACUACCAGAACAUGAACGCGCACGAGUUCAAGAUCAAGGAGAUGUCGCAGCAGGUCGAGAUUUUGAAGCUAGAGAAGGAGUUGACGCUUGCGAGAAGAGUCCUGGGCGAGAUGCGCAAGGUCUCGUACCACCAGAGCGACGAUUAA